AACUAUCGGUGUUUCAUGCUUGUUGUUGCACCCGGACCAAAUAAAAUGACGCACCAUGGAUCCCGGUGUGGGAAACAACGUGAAGGCCGUCAGGAGGAGUAAAGAGGAGAAGAAAGUUCUCAAAAGACAAAUUAAAGCCAGCCACACUUUGCUGAAACAUGAAGGCAUCAGUACAGCAUCGCAGCCUACCAAGCUAGGAUUUCCUGAAAAAGUAAAGGAAUGGAAAUGUAUGUGGGAAUCUCAGAAGAAUUAUGAAGAAACUGGAACUUUCUCUGAGAGCUUGGUGGUGGCUAAUGGCGGCCUGGGGAAUGGCGUCAGUCGGGAGGAGCUGUCUGCAGUCCUGAAAGAGAUGGGAGAGCUGGAGACGCUGAUCAUGCACCCUCACAAGCCCUACGCCUUCGUCACAUACAGAUCUGAAGAGUGUGCUCGGAAAGCCCACAUCCACCUGAAUGGAGAAAAGCUGCAGUGUGGAGGGAACAGUGUCACACUCUACCUCAGUUUUGUUGACUCAGUAACCUGUGAAGAGGAGCCGUCCGUUCCCCUGCCAGAGGGAUUAGUCCUAGUGGAAGAUUUUGUGUCUCCGGAGGAAGAGGCUCUGCUGCUUGGUGCCAUUGAUUGGUCCUCUGCUAACGAUGAUAUCACUGCCCAAAAAGCUCUGAAGCACAGGCGAGUCAAACAUUACGGCUUUGAGUUCCGUUACGACAACAACAACGUGGACAAGGACAAGCCUUUACCUGCAGGUAUCCCUCAGGAGUGUCUACCUGUUCUGGAGCGGUGUGUGAAGAACAAACACAUCAACAUCAUGCCGGACCAGCUGACUGUCAACCAGUAUGAGUCUGGUCAAGGUAUUCCUCCUCACGUGGACACUCACUCUGCCUUCGAGGACACCAUCAUGUCACUGAGCCUGGGGGCGCAGACAGUGAUGGAGUUCCGUCACCCUGAUGGUCGUCUUGUACCCGUCGUGUUGCCUGGACGGAGCCUCCUGGUGAUGAAGGGCGAGAGCAGAUACCUCUGGACACAUGGGAUUACUCCUCGGAAAUUUGACACGGUGCCAGCCUGCGACCCACAAUCCCCUGCUCUUACAUCGCCAGACGUCAGGACCCGCAGCAACCUCACUUUGAGCAAGAGGGGCACCCGCACUUCUUUCACUUUCCGAAAGAUCAGACAUGAGCCCUGCCGCUGUGCCUUCCCUUUUGCCUGCGACAGUCAGGGAGCCCCCUCAACAUCUCCACUGUCUCCCCCCUCGCUGCCCCGUUGCCAUGACGACGCUGCUCAACUCGAGGAGGAGUAUGUUCACCGGGUGUACGACGCCAUCGCCUCCCACUUCAGCAGCACUCGCCACUCCCCCUGGCCUCGUGUUUGCCACUUCUUGUCCUCACUCCCGCCCGGCAGCGUGCUGGCGGAUGUGGGCUGUGGAAAUGGGAAAUACCUAGGUGUCAACACGGAGGUGAUUGCUAUUGGUUGUGACCGUAGCAGCGCUCUGAUCCAGAUCUGUGCAGAGAGAGGUUUCCAGGCUUUUGUAUCUGAUGCUCUCAGUGUUCCGCUGCGUUCAGCCACCUGUGAUGCCUGCAUCUCCAUCGCUGUCAUACACCACUUUUCCACACAGGAGCGUCGACUAGCAGCAGUGAGGGAGCUGGUGAGACUUCUGAAGCCUGGAGGUCGAGCUCUCAUCUACGUUUGGGCUUUUGAACAAGAGUACAACAAGCAGAGGUCCAAGUACCUCAAAGAGCAGAACAAAGAGCCUCCUGAGAACCACAGCCCCACUAACAACGCAUCCGAAGACAGCCACAAGCCUGUAGACAACAUACAAGAUGUAAGCAAAGUGACUGAUGGCAAGCUCAGUGUUCAUACCAACCGGACGUCCUUCAACACCCAGGACCUGUUGGUUCCCUGGCACCUGAAAGAAGGGAAGAGACGAGGGGAGGAGGAAUCAGGAGAAGGUGUUAAGAAGGAGAAAAGGAAAGAGAGGUCCAAAAAGUCUUCAGGAAACUCCUGCUCAGCUGAUCGUUCGAGUUCUUCAACCAGAUCAGACUGUAACCCUGAUCCCUGCCCGAGUUUUGACUCCGACAUGACUUCUGGAUCAGUUCAGGAAACAAGUGAUGCCACACACAGCCCAGACUCUAAACCCAGUCCAAAUAAUGACUCCACUCAUACCACCACCUCUGCUUCAAAGUCGGAAAGCAGCCCAGUGCCUGUUUUUCACCGCUAUUACCACGUGUUCCAGCAGGGGGAGCUGGAGCUGUUGUGUGGUCAGGUAUCUGGAGUCAAGGUGCAGAGCAGCUACCACGACCAGGGAAACUGGUGCGUUAUAUUAGAGAAGGACUCAGUAGAGAUGAACUGACACACUAAUGUAAAAUUAUUUAGCUACAAAUACAUAAUUGAACAAGAGAGUUAAUGCACUGUGAUAUAAAACCAAAUUAAAUGAUAUUUUGUUUGACAAGUGCCAUGAAAUAAAUGCUAGAACGAAACGUC